UAGGUCUCUAUGACAACAGGACUAUUAAAGCCUUUAGUGGAGCAGGGGAGAGGGACACGCACAGGAGAUUAUCUGGACAGGUGCUCCGGCCGGCUUGUAUCACCAAAAUGUAGGCCAUUAAAACGAAUAACGAGUUCCCACAUAAGAGGAUAUAAUACACAUUAUUUUAUUUUUAUUCUGAGUAAAAAGGAGACGCACAAGCAUCUGGUAGUGGUGAGUUCAUUUCGAUGUUUGGGUAACGGUACGGUUGUGCUUUAACUAUUUCAGACUUGCGCCUCAUAAUAAAGUGUGUAGGCUAUUGCUUGUGGAAAUAGUAGCCUAUUCUAAUGUUACAUCAUCGUGUUAGGCUUCUAUGUUUCCUCUUGAAUUGGGGCCUAGAGACCAGGCUAUGUCUGUCUGUCACAUCACGCAGUCCUGUUGUAUCAGUAAUAUUCUACAAGCUGCAAUAAAUCUGCCAGUAACUCCAACAACAGUUAAGACAAGUUAGCCUAUUUCACAAUACGAUCCCAUAAUAAAAAAUAAUGCAAACAACUGCACCUGUCCCAGGUUGAAGUGUUUAUCCUGCGCUAUGCGUCAUUUGGCCAUGGGAGGGCCACGGGAGUCGUGAAUACAGGUUCACUAUAGUAUUGUGUGACAUAUGAUCUGUGAGUGUUCAGAAGUUGUAUGCUUGUGAUGUGUGCUCAAAACAGUCGGGAAUGCUAUUCUAUUUUAGUUGUAUGAGGGAUUGUCAAUGCACAAACUCGAACUGAACUGGUGUGAAUUUAAAUACAAUGGACGUAUGUAUACCCUUGGAAGUAUAAUUAUGGGGCUAUCAUCACAAUUGGCCCUGCAUAUACAAUGCUCCGGUUGAUCUUCUAUUGUCCUUCACGCUAUUCCUUUGGAGAAGAUGAGUCUGGUGCCAACGAGCACUAGGACCCAGGAGGAGUAUGAGGACGACUUUGAGAAGGACCUGGAUUGGCUGAUCAGUGAGGAGGGGACGAACGAUGGCCAGGAACCUGACUACGAGGACAUCGAGGCUGAAAUAGACAAGGAGCUGAAGGAGGAGGGGAAGGAGGAAGAGAAAAAGCGAGGGAGGAAGGAGGACAAGAAAAGCCUGAAGGAGGAGAAGUGGGCGAGCGAGUCAGAGAAGGCGGAGGAGGAGGAGAGGUGGCCCUCGCCCAUGGAACCUUUGGAAUUCGACUCUGACCGAGACAGUCCAUAUAAGGGCGGAUCCCCCCUAGCGCCGCCACCUCCGGUGCUGGAAGACCAACCGGAAGAGGAGAAGAAGUACAUCCUGGAGAAGAUCCAGCUAGCCAAUCGGCAGCUGCAGGACCAGGAAGCGCCGGACAUGACUCGGCGCCGACGCCUUCACUUCAAAGAAACGCUGGUGGAUUUGGUGGUGGCGCCACUGGAGUACGAGAAAGACAGCAGCACCCCCCAAAAGACGGGGGUGGUAGAGCAGGUGAGCAGCACGGCCAGCAAGGAAAUGGAGGUAGAGAGUGAGGUGUCAGGGAAGCUCUCUGAGCUGAAGCUCAACCCUCGGGAAGGGGAAGGAGGAGGGCAGGGGCUCAAGGGUGGGGGUGGUGGGGAGGCUGGCCAGAGUGGACUGGGGAAAGAGGGCAAAGUCCUGGUGGAGAAAGAUGGCAAGUUUGACCUUGUCAGCCUGAAGGAGGUGGAGAGCCGUGGCCUGAUGCUGCCACCUUUAGCGAGCUUCCCCAGCGACAACUCACGCUUGUCCUCCCGUCCAAGUGACCUAAGCCCGAACAAGACCCCCACAUCCUCCCCGCUGCGUCCCAUCUCUAGCACUAUGUCCAUAGGGAUCGAGCACCACCGCGCCCCCAGACCUCCGGCCCAGCCCAGGAACCGGCCCAACUCGGCCAGUCACAGCCAGAGGGGCAGCGGGGGGAGGGGCACCAAGCGCAGGGUGCAGUCGGCCAACAGUGCCCCUACCCAGCAGGCCACCUUCACUCUCUCGCCCCAACAGAAGGAGCUACUGAACAAAAUACAGGAGAGGAGAGAGAGGCUCGCCAGAGAGGAGGAGCAGAGGAAGAGGGAGGAGGAUGAGCAGAAGCGUCAGGAGAAUGAGCUGGCGUUCCGGGCAUGGCUGGUGAGGAAGAGGGAGCAGUUGCAGGAGGAGAAGAGGAUCGACAGAGCCCAGGAGAUGGAGAGAAGGAAUGGCAGGAGGGAGCACAGUGACCCAGGCGAGGCCUUUAAGUCGUGGCUGCAGAGGAAACACGAACAACAGCAGAGAGACAGACAGCUGGAGGAGAUGAAGAGGCUGGAGGAGGAGAGUGGAUUCUACAUGCACAACCGAGAAGAGUGUGAACGAGCCUUCAAACUGUGGCUGAAGAAGAAGCGGGCAGAGAAGCGGGCGGAGCAGCAGGCGGCCAGAGAGCGCUCCCGCAGGCUGGUGUUUGAGGAGCGGCGCGCCAGGCGCAUGCAGGACCUCCUGUGCACCGUCAACGAGACCAAGCCUUUCCGCUUCACUGAGCACCUGGCGUACCGCUUCUGAACCCACCAUUCGCAAUUCGAGAGGAAAUAGUCGAGAUCUGAGCAAAGCUAAGAGUACAGGAUACACAGAGACACAUGAACACGGAUGAAAUUGUAUACGACUUAGGGCCUACAUAGUUGUCCAUUUUUGCUCUAUAAAAGGUACAACUUAUUGUUUUUGGGGGGGGGGGGGAAAUCACCAAAGAAAUCUAGGCUCUGUUCCAGUAUCAACUAGCAUACAACUUAAAAUGAGGCAUUUUUACUGAAAGUGAAUCUUUAGAUGGGAUCAGCACUGUUGACUACUGUUGAGAGAAGGGCUUUGUUUUCUACCUUUUCAUUUGUCACAGAUGAUCUCCGAAGUUCUGUUCCCUUCGACGUUACCUCGUAAGACAUGCACAACUCCUCAGGGUUCCGAAUUGAUCAGGCGUCGGGGAUCAAUCCCGUGCUCGCUGUGUACAGUAUAUAAAGAGAUUAUUUGAGCAAAUGAAUGAUUAUAACCAAGGUGACUGGCUCAAUAGCUGUGCGACGACAAAUAUAUAUACAGAAUGUGAUCAUAGGUCUACUGGCACUUGUUCUCUACAUUGUCAACAGCCUCCUCUCUGUUGCUGAUGCACUUUAACCUAGCCUACUAGAAGACAUUGAGCUCACCAAUGCCUGCAGUGCUAGUAGGUCGUCUCGGUGUGGGUAGCCCAUAUUGCCACUGUUACCACAAUGCCUUUAUAAACCGUUUGUCACCGAGUGUUUUUAAGUUUAUUCUUAAAUCUAUCUUAAGUUAGGUCCUUUGUAGUAGUGGCAUCUACGCCGACCACAUUGUCUUCCGUCCGAGGGCGUCAUUCUACGGCUUCAUUCUGAAGAUGUUUUGAGGGUGGGGGUGCUGCGAAGAUUUUUUUGGGUGUGUGCAUUUUUUCCGGAUUUCUCAGUGGGUGCUGGAGCACCCCUAUUUCCCACGGCUAUCUGAUUUGAGACAAUGCACUUACUAUAGAUGCUAAGAGAUUUAAAAAGAACGAUGGUUUGAUACGGCAUACAUCGUUUGUAAUUAGACAAGUCUGAGUUGGAACAGUCAGUACUAUGCAUAAUUCACCUCUAUGUUUAUCUUGAUAUGUAAGAUCGAUUUACUUAUCGUCAUAUUCAUGUAUAGAUUUUCAAAUACAUUUUUGUAAAACCACUACAUGAAAUGAUGUUGGUUUACAACUGAACCUAUAGACAAUGUGUUCAAAUUGUAAACAAUUUACAAGUUCCCAAAUAAUAAAGGACACGGUUUAAGUUA